ACUCGUAGGCUGCUCCUCUGUGUCAGUUAUCUCUUUAAGGCCCCUCUCAGAGGCUCUUUCUCCCUUCUGGACGCGGAUUGACUCUUCCUGUAGCCAUCACCACGAGGCAAACUGGAUUAUACCACCAAGCCCCAUCCGCCGAGCACGGCGAUGAACGAGCUGGGUGAGGAGGUGGCUGAGGGUAGCUGGCGCCAGUACUGCGAACACCCCCUUACCGCCGCCACCACCGCCAUGCUUAACAUCCACGGCCCCGCCUCCGAGGAGCAACAGCACGUCACUCUCCUCUACGACUACUACAAGUCCGAUGGGUCUGGGGUUGGGAGCCCGGUGGUGGGCGGCGCGCUGGACUGCAAGAUGACAAACGGGGUGUCUGAGGGCGUGUCGGGGGCGGCGCCCGUGGAGGGGCUCCUGUUUGCGGGCGGCGCAGAGGGCGUUAAGCCGGAGCCAGAGGACCUGACGCGCCGAGCCGUCAGUCCCGCCGACCGCGGCGUACUGUGCGACAAGCGACGACCGCUCUUGCCCCCGCCACCACCCCAGGGAGACUCACCGCCCGCUUUGGACGUUGCGCCCGCUCUCAAGGACGACCUCGAACACCACGUGAUUAAAGAGGAGCUGGAGCACCACGUCCUCAAGGCAGAGUCGGGGGACCGUCCUCGAUCCAACCACACACUAGUGAUACAGGCGCCCCUGGACUCGGCCGAGAAAAUGAGCACCGGUACAGGUAGCUACCUGGCCGGGUUCUCGGCCUCGUCCCCACAGUCGAGCUACGAGCAUGUCUCGCCCUACCUAUCGCCCUCGCCACAGCCGUACUCGACGAGCACGUCUCCCGCCGUGCGCGGCUCCCCGGCAGUGUACACUGUGACGGAUAACUACUACCGUGACUACUAUUCCCCCAGUGAGCCCCAGUAUUCGGUGCGCCAGGAAUACCCCUCGGCCGACGCCGGCUUCGUGGACCGGUACCUGAGGCCGCCCUACAAGACCAACGGCGUCUCCAGCACCCUCACUGUGGACUUACCCUCGCCCGCCGACUCUGGGAUCUCCGCGGACGCCAUCACCCCGCGCGACCAGCCAGUCCUUGCUCAGAUGGUGUGCCUUUCUCCUAGAGCUUCCGCGUGUACCUUCGGCUACGAAGAGAUCGUCCAGCCGGUGUCGCUGAUGGGGACUGACCUUCGCGCGCCAGCCGGUACUUCGCCCAACUCCCAGAGGCCCGCCCGCUCCUGGCACGACUUCGCUCGACACACAGACGGCGACAAGAUCCAGAUUCCAAAGAU